AUGCACGGAGAACAGAACAUCUCGGUUGCUAGCAGCCUGUCAACUCUAUCAGUGACAUCAAGAUCUCCAUCUGCAGCAGUUGCAGUGAAUCUAAAACGUUACUUUCUUCUCCAUCCUGGACGAAAUCGUUUCGGGUGCAAGGGUCACUGUGUAAUGAGUAGACAGCUGGGCUUAUUCUAUUUCACUCUUUUCCUCCUGUUUGGUUUAAGUGGAUUGUUCUUUGCCUUUGAUGCCCGCUAUCUUACAGUCACUUUGAGCCCUGCGGUUCCCGUUGUUGGUGGUGCCCUUUUUAUUUUUGUCACAUCUGUGCUUUUCCGAACAACAUUCUCGGAUCCCGGCAUUUUACCACGCGCAACAUGUACCGAACUGAAGUGGUUUGAUGACGAAGUAUUGAGCUCUGGCGACUCUUCAGUCCGACAGACCAUCCGCACAGCCACACAAAGUCGGGAAAUCAAAAUCCAUGACUUUCCUUUUACUCAAGUUUACUGCCACACGUGCCACAUAUUUCGGCCGCCGAGAGCUUCUCAUUGCUCCAUCUGUGACAACUGCAUAGAUCGCUUUGACCACCAUUGUCCUUGGAUAGGCAAUUGCGUGGGAGCCCGCAACUAUCGCUACUUCGUCAUCUUCCUCGUGUCCGUUUCACUGCUCUGCCUCUACGUGCUGUCCUUCGCCGUGGUCAAUGUUGUCAUUUGUGCGUCCACCGUUUUGCCUCCUUUUUACCAGAUACUCGUGACUUUCUUCCUCUCAAUAUCGAUAUCCGGACUCGCCCUGUUCCACAUUUACCUCAGUUGCCGGAAUAUUUCUACACAUGAAGAUAUCCGAGGUCUCACCAAAACCCUACGGCAACAGGGUGUCAAGAACCCCUUCUCCAAGGGCAACGGUUUCGUCAACCUCGCCUACAUUUUGUGUGGACCCGCGCCCCCAAGGUUCGUGUCUCUGUGGCCUUUCAUGAACGCUUUCACCACAAACUGGGGAUAUGGUAGUUGGACAAUGGCCACCCGAUAA